UUUGCAGGUUAUAAGAUUCGGCAUGGAACCACUAUCAGGCACAGAAUAUUGAAAUUGAUACCGGUCUCAGCACAGAAAGAUCGAACUUGGAUACAUCAACCAUGAAUCGUCUUCUCCGCCCAUGUCUUGUCUCACUCCGUUUAGUAUAUUGUCCUUCAAGAACGUUUCACAGCACUACUGCAACACAAGCUGCAACACAUAAACGCGCCGGCGACAUCUCAGACGCAUUUUCAAGUCUCUCAGGACAGGAGUUUGCGCCACUUGAGCCGGAGUAUGCGAGCAUCAAAGCCCAGCUCAUCGCGGGGAAUGAGGAUAAGGUAGUGGCGAGCUGGAGGAGGCUGUUAGCGGAGUUGAAUACGGAUGUGGAGAGAGUUAAAAGAUUGGGGAGUAGUAUCGUGCCGGAGAUCGACUUCAAGGAUGUGGAAAGCGGUACUGUGUCCGGGGAGUUGUUGAGGAGGUAUAAGGAGACGGGCAUCGCUGUUAUCAGGGGUGUGGUCGAUGAGCAGGAGGCCAAGGAGUGGAAAGAUGGCUUGAGCACGUAUAUUAAAGAAAACCCACAAACAAAAGCAUUCCCCGCCCACAAUCCGCAAGUAUUCGAACUCUACUGGUCCCGCGCCCAACUCCUCGCCCGAGCGCAUCCAAAUCUCCUACACACAUCCCGCUUCCUUAUGUCCCUAUGGCACACCACUUCCUCCACCAGCACUCCGCUCUCCACUAAGCACCCCUUGACCUACGCCGAUCGUCUCCGCAUCCGCCUCCCAGGCGACACCAGCUUCGCCCUGGGUCCUCAUAUCGAUGGCGGCUCUGUCGAGCGCUGGCACCCCUCCGGUUACGGUGGUCGUACUGGCGUCUAUAGCCCCGUCUGGCGUGGCAACUGGGAGAGCUUCGACCCCUGGGACGCAGAAGUACGUCUACGUGUCGUCUCGGAUCUGCACGCCGGCGUCGGUGCAUGCAGCGCGUUCCGCAUGAGCCAGGGCUGGCUCGCGCUCAGCACGGCGCGCGCAGGACAAGGCAGUCUACGUGUGAAUCCACUACUGGUCAAGACGACGGCGUAUUUCCUACUGCGGCCGUUCUUCCGCCCGCUUGUUGGGCAUGAUGAUCCUACGUAUCUUCACGCGGAUAAUUGGGCGCUCGAGCAUGUGCCGAGCGCGUGGCUGCACGGUGCCGCACCGGGACGCGGCAUGGAGCUCUCGCCGGCGCUGCAUCCGCAUCUUCAGCUUGCGAGCACGAUGGUGGCGAUGCCGGAUGUCCAGCCGGGGGACUAUGUGGCGUGGCACUGCGAUACUGUUCAUGCGGUUGACGCGCAGCAUACGGGGACGAGCGAUGCGAGUGUAUUGUAUAUCCCAGCGUGUCCGUUGACCGAGGCAAAUGCGCGCUACUUGGUGCGGCAGAGGGCUGCGUUUGUUAGCGGUGAGCCGAGUCCAGAUUUUGGUGGCGGUGGUGGAGAGGGGGCGCAUGUUGGGCGUGUGCAGGUGGCAGAGCUUGAGGGCUUGAUAGAGGCGGAUGGAAGAAGAGCGGUGGGGCUAGAGAUGUGGGAUGGGGAGGAGGAGGGGUUGACGCCGGGCGAGAGAGAAGUAUGUUGGAGGGCCAAUAAGAUUUUGGGCUACUAUGAUUGAGGUUGAGAAAGAUUGUCGGUAUCCUGUUCAGUUUAAGCAAGCAGAGGAUGCAUCCAGCUUGGCUAUCACUCGUAUACUAGGCAUUACUCCUCGCAGAGACUUCUCCAAAGGUUGUGCAUAAUGUAACCAUGUCUUUAUGUAUCAUGAAACUCUUAUCCAAAUUCAAACCCACAAAUACAUG